AGCUAGUAUGCCGUGUGUUUAUGUUAUGAAAAGUGUUUAUGUUAUGAAAAAUAAAUUAAUGAAAUAUUUGUUCUGAAAUUUUUUGUUUUUUAGUAUUAAUAAAAAUGAAUGAUAAAAUAACAUUUCAGUUUUCAUUAUCGGACCUCUACUAUAAUGAUUGCUCUAAUGAAGAGUUUUUGGAAGAAGCAGAAGAGAAUGAAAUAGCCAAAAAAGAAUUAGAACUUAAAAAAGCUCGCAAAAGGGAAGAACUAGCUAAAAGAAAGGAAAUUCUUGCUUCAUCGAAGUCAUCACUGCCAUCUGGCGCCCAAAAUGCAAACCAAGACCUCCUCGGCUUGUCUAGGAAUGAUUUCUUGGUUUGGCGCCGAAGCCACCCAGGGCCCAAAUCAAAAAGGGCCUUUUGCAUAUCUGGGCCUAUAUAAUAGAGGUAAAGACCUGCUUCAUUUUAAAUACAAACCUCCUGGUGGCAGAAGGGAUGGUAGAAUUUAGUUAUUAACAACUAUACAUAUACUUAUCAAUAAGUUUAUAUAGAUUCACUUAGCUGAAUCUAUAUACACUUAUUGAUAGGUGUAUGUAUAGUUUGUAUGUAUAUAUUUAUUAAGUUGAUAUUUGUAUAUAAUCUUUUUGUAUAUUUAUUUUUGUAUAUAGUUGAGUUUGAUUUUGUAUGGAAAGUUUGUAUUUUAUAUAAAUACUAUUUAUUAUUACAAAAAGAUAAUAUUUGAGUAUUAACCCACCCUACCCGAGGUCUGAGGGGUGGAGAGCUUCCAACUAAUAUCCUUUUACGCAUUUUUACAUGUUUAUCCCUGAAAUCAUUAUUUUGAU